GUCAGUGACGCGCUCCGUGUUGGUUUUUUUUUUUUACUAGCAGAAAAAAGUUAAUAACAAUAGCUAUGCUCUAAUAAAUGUGCAAAAAACCCAAUUUGGAAAAUAUGUGAUUGAUAUUAAUUGAAAUACAGACACAUCGGCAUGUUGCCAGCAGGCGCACCAACGAUUUUCUCAUCAUCAAGAACAACUGGGGCAACUGGCACAAUAGUGCGGCAGACGACUAUAGGUAACGACGCAGUGAAUGCAACAAUAACAGGAGCAAUUGCAACAAUAAACUCAGCAACGGCAGCAAAAUUGGCGGCAACAGGGAGCUCAUACAGCAUUAAGAUAAUAGAGUAAAGCAAAAGGCAACAAAAAUGGCUCUUGUGGCGACAAGGACAAGAGUCAGUAGGACGUGCAAAUCGCCCAAGCAACAGCAGCAGGGCUCCAGUGCCACCUCCUCCUGGACGAGGACAACAGUAGUAGCAGAAGUUGCAACUGCAGCUACAGCCUGCAAACUAAAAUCGGUGCGUAGUAGACGCACGGAUCGUUCGACGCGGUCACCACUACCGCCAGAGACGACGUCGCCGCCAGCUACAGCUUCAGCAAUAGUUGGUUUCGCUGUUUGCUCUAAUAAACCAAGUUCGCCAGCGUCAAAUGCUGGAAAGUGCAACAGAAGAAAGUCAACAGGGGGAGCAACUGGAGCUUUAGCCAGCUUGGAGCUACAACAGGAGCAACAACAGCACCACCACCAAUGGCGACAGGAUACAGGCAUUAAGGCAGCAGUUGCAGCAGCAUCUUCUUUAACAUCUUUAAUAACAACAACAACUCCACCGACUAACGAAAGUAUGCCAAAAGUUCGAAAUCGAAAUCAACCAACGACGGCAAUGCAUCGAAAAUCUAAAAGCAAAAGCAACCACAGCAACACUAACAACAAUAGCAAAAAUCUCCUUGCGUCCAUUGCCAUGCCACCAACACUUGCUGCCGUUCUACAACAAAUAGCAUCCCUGAAUCCCAACAACAAUAAUAACAAUAACAACACGCAGUCCCCAAUGCCGCCGAUCACAACAGCAGCUUCAUCGCCAAUAACAACAUCACAAACAACAUUGUCAUCAACAACAGAAACAGAAACAUCAACAACGAUAAGGACCGACCUGCAAAAACAAAUAAUAAAUAGAAAAAGCACAAAGAGCAAGCGAUGCCUUUCAUCAUCCUCAUCCUCGGUGCGUCGCACAAAAUUCUUUCCCCUGCCCACACUGGGCGCCACAUCCUUUGUCACGCUGCUCACGCUGAUCUGCAUCGAAACGGUGCUACUCUCGACCAUGUCCAACUGCGCCAAAACCUUUUAUAUGCACUGGAACACAUCGAAUAGCAUAUUCCGUAUUGAUAACACUGAUCACAUUAUCGACGUAAAUAAAGGGAAUCUUGCCUUUGAAUUCGAUCAGGUGCACAUAAUAUGUCCAGUAUACGAGCCAGGCACAUUCGAGAACGAGACAGAGAAGUACAUAAUAUACAACGUGUCCAAAGUGGAGUACGAGACAUGUCGUAUUACGAACGCGGACCCGCGAGUAAUAGCUAUAUGUGAUAAACCUCAGAAAUUAAUGUUUUUUACAAUAACUUUCCGGCCAUUUACACCGCAGCCAGGUGGUUUGGAGUUCCUACCUGGAAAUGACUACUACUUCAUUUCGACUUCAUCGAAGGACGACUUGUAUCGGCGCAUUGGCGGCCGCUGUUCAACGAAUAAUAUGAAAGUUGUGUUCAAAGUUUGUUGUGCGCCCGAGGAGAAAAACAAAACGACGCCGGCUACGACAGCAAUAGCCGCUGGCGGCAUAGGCGGGGCCGAUGGGGGUUCCAGUGCGUCCGGCAAUGGUGUCGUGGACAAUUCAGCCGUCAAUUUUGAUAUGAAUUCGGCGAACAAUGCGAACCAUGGGCAUGGCCAUCAUAUGGGCGCAGUGAACACGAUUGGCAUCAGCGGUGUAAACACGGGUCUCAUACCAGGCGGCGGCUCCAUACAGGGCGCCGGUGGCGGCGUACAGUUGAAGCCAAUCAAUGGCGUUGGCACGUCGAUCAAUACCAACAUUGAUCAGUUCAAUCGUAUACCCAUACAGCCGAACAUGAUGGGCAAUAAUAUUGGCGCUGGCUCAGAGCCCAACGGAAGGCACAAUCAAGGCGUCGGAAUGGGUGGCAUGGGAGGCGGUGGCGGGAUUAUGUUUCCGCCCGGCCAUGGUAGCAUCAAUAUGCUGCCACCUGGACGUGGCGGCGUCAACAUUGCGCAAUAUCCGAGCCAUCAUCACAUACAAACGGGUAUCCGUAUUAACAAUGUGCCAACGCAACAGAAUAAUCCACCGCAUAAGGGCAACGGCAAUGAUGACCAACACCAAAACGAAGUUGUCAAAAACGAGGAACUUACCUAUAACAGCGGAGCACCGCUAUCAACGAAAGGAAUCAACGCCUGUCUCUGGAUCUGGCUGCCAUUGUCAACGAUAUCUGCCAUCAACAUCCUGCCCCAUUUGGUUAGCGCUGGAACGCAGCUCGCCCAACUCUCUCCGCGACGAUUCGGCGCCAGUCUGCAUGCAUUGGAGCGUCUCGCCAUGAUCAUGGUUGUCACAUUUCAUUACCUGCUCGGCCUUUUCGUGGCAACAUGGAGUAAAGCACCCGAUAGAAAGAAAACAACUGCCUGUGCCAAACGGUGAACUGGCCGGCAUGGACUGCUGCCUUCCUUCAGCUGCAGGCCAUUCAAUUAGGCUCACACACAUACACACACACACACACAUCUACGCUCGUCGAGAGGGAUAGGGAAAAUGGGGGCCCGAAAAUUCUGAACAUUAGAACAUUUUUAGUAUUUCAUUUUGUUUACAUAUGUAAAUAUAUGGGCCCGUUAUGUUCAAAGUCCCGGGUCCGUAUUUCCUCUCGACGGCCCUACACACACUCACACAAACACAGACACACACAAUUCAUUGGCAACUAGAUAAUAAUUUCGAUGGAGAAAAAGGAUGAGGAAGGAGAAGAAUGAGAAACAGAAAGAGGAGAUGAAAGCGGCGGAGCAGAAGAAAAUUAUUAACGCGUGAAGCAAAUGAGAAGGAGGAGAAAAAGGAGAGAGAAGAGGAAGUGGCGGAAGGGUUGAAGACCCUUCAAUUUAUUUAUGCAUUUUUUCAAUAAAAAAGAAAUCGAAUACAAAAGAUAGUAGAAAAGAAGGAGAAAGGUGAAAUAGAAUUAAUAAGUAAACAAAUGAAAAUUUAAAGCGCAUUGAAACAUAGUUUGUAGCGAUCUAGUUGUAACUCAUAGCUCUUAAGUCAAUAAGGACAGCCAGCAAAAGCAGGUCCAAGAAACACACAGAGAAAACGAAAGAGAGAGAGAGAGAGAGCAUCAUUUUUGAUGGCCUCAGUGAAAUUAGAUAAUAUAAGCCUCGUAGCAGCUUCCAGCAGAAUCUGAAUCUAUAUGAACGCAGUUGGCACAGUUUUUCACACUUCUCCCGUCUGGACGCUUCAGUUUGGCAUCUGUGACAGAGAUUGUUAAAAUAAUGACCACACUACAUGCAUAUGUAUAUACAUACAUACAUUCAUAUGUAUAUACAUACGUAUCUCUUAUCUGUCCCGUCUGCAAGUUUUAGUCCGUUAAAAAUACAAACCCUCCAACGACAGACCGUAAGCAUCAUAACAUUUGCGGCUUUCAUUUGACUAAUAACAUGACAUUCAUGUGAAAUACUUUUGACAUUUUUGCUAACGAAAGCAGCAAGCAAGCAAUGCAAUAAAUUCCAAAAUACUCGCAAUUAUGUGGCAAUGACUAAAUUAAUCGUUAAGCGUUUCAGCUCCAAAUUCCCAACCGAAGUGCACAAAAAACCAAAACAAAAAAAAAUGAAAUGAAAAAAGAAAUGGAAAUGAAAAACAUAAACACGUGCCACUCACUUGCCACCAUAGUGUUUGUAUCCCCCUCCCCAUACUCCCCAAACCACAGCCCCUCCCCACCCACCAUUUUCACAAAUCACACAUAAAUAAAAAGAACACACUCUUCGUACAUUUGACUUUGUGCGAUGACACCUUUGACUGAAAUUAUAAAUAUUAGCAUACGUUUAUAUAGAACACGAGUAGGAAAUUAGCAAGUAAGUGAUCCAAAUGGUAAACGAUGAACAGAUGAAAUGAAAUGUAAUGAGAAACCUAAAUGUUAAAUUGAACGAAACCAAUGUAUGUAUGUUUUACAUAGAUGAUGAUAAUGAUGAUGAUGAUGAUGCAUAGGCAUCCACAAUGGCAUAGGCUUAGAUAUAGGCACAGAUGUAUGCAUUUACAUUCGCAUUAAGUAUUUCGAAUAUGGGAAAGGUGAAAUUCAAAGAACUCAACUGUAAGUUUUAUGUUCUUAUGCUUUUUUGUUUUUGUUUUGUUUUUUAAUUUUGUAAAUGAACCAAGCAGUAUAUGGAUGUUGUUUCUUCAAAAUGGGAAAAAACUAGACCUAUAUUUAUGUACAUAAUAUGUGUUAAUAGUGGGUGACUAAACAAUUGGUUGCGAUAAAUGACAUUUUUAUUGAAUUAGGUUUUGUAGCCAUUAUUAAAAGACAAUGGUUCUACAUACAUACACACAAACACAAACUCACUCACACAACCACAAAUAAUUUAUGAGUCUUGUUAGUUUUUUUUAUAUAAAAAUAUAUAUAUAUUACUAAUUGUAUAACCAAUCUAAAUAAGUGAAAUGAAUAUACUACCUACUUGUAUACCAGUAUUAUGGAAUUUUAGGGUGAAAUUUUUGAAUACGCAAAAUUUAUCAGAUCCA